AUGACGACAAAAGUGAAAGGUCUUUUUAAAGGACUUAGGUAUACCAUCUCUCACAACAUCUUUGAUGAGAAAGAGCCAGAGUUCGAGAUCGGCCUUCCCACAGAUGUAAAACACGUUGCACAUAUUGGAGCUGAUGGCCCUUCUUCCACCACUCCAAGUUGGAUGAAUGAGUUCAAAUCAAGCCCAGAAUCCAUGAGCGGCCCUUUGAAUUCUACAGAUGACCUCAAGAGCCUUCCUUCACCAAAAGCACAGUCUGAAGCCGGCGGGUCAACCAAUAAGUCCAAGCACAAGUCAAGGCGCUCAUCCAGCGACGCGCCGAAGCACUCGAGGCGGCCGUCGAACGCCAGCAGCGCGGCCAGCUCUCCGGCGAGCUCGCCCAAGGCCGGCGACGUCGAGAGGAAGUCGAGGCGCCACCGCUCUUCCAACACCAUGGGAUCCCCUGCCCGAGAGUCGUCCGGCGGCGGCAGCGUCAAAUCGAGGAAGAGCAAGAAAUCGUCCUCCAACCAGGGCGACGUGUCCCCCACCGGCGCCGCCGACCAGCCGUCCAUCCCAAAGCAUUCUCGCACCAGGAAGUCGAGGGCCAGAUCGAAGGACCAGCCCGGCGAGAAUUCCUCUGCCGCCGACGGUCUUCCUCCGACGGCGGACGGCGGCUCUACCAAGAGCAACACCGCCGGCCAUCUAACCUCGGUUUUGGACGCUUACCAAGAUGAAAGGUGA